GGCUCUGCUCACAUUAACGGCAGUAGGAAGUGGUCAGGAUGUGUUUGUGUCGCUGUUCCAGAAAUGAAAAUCAUUGAAUCAGCGUUGGACAGGGAGCUAAGCGUCCCCGCUGGACGCCGCGCUGUGUCACGAAAUCUGUGCCGUGGCGUGGCUCGGUAGUUUACUGCCUGCUCUCCUGGUUUCACCCGAACCAGCCUUCACUCGAAGGCAUUUGACAUUUACAUCAGAAUUGUGUGAUUGCGAAAUGACAGCGGGAAACGCGAAGUGCUACAUUGAUGGCUUUCGAGCGUUACGUUAGGCGUUACGACCCAGGUCUGUCUUUUGAACUUUCGGGAUGUCAGGAGCUAGCGUCAUGGAGUCCACCAAAGCGCUCGGCAAACUGGAACUGAGCCCCGGAUUGGCCGCUAUUGGGGACAGCGCCUCCAUGAACAAGUCCGGCCAGCAGCUUCUGGGACCACAGGACCACGCUCACCUGAACGGCUGUGUCCCACUUUCUCAUCAGGUGGCAGGUCACAAGUAUGGAGUGAAGAAAGUUGGUAUUUUACAACACCCAGAUGGAACGGUCUUGAAGCAAGUUCAGCCUCCACCCAGAGGACCACGAGAAAUGCAGUUUUAUAGCAUGGUGUUUGCAGAGGACUGCUCUGAUCCUUGUCUGCUGGACCUCCAGAAACACCUUCCCAAAUAUUACGGCACCUGGUCGUCUCCUGACAGUCCAAACGAGCUCUACCUGAAGCUGGAGGAUGUGACGAGUCGCUUCAACAAGCCGUGCAUCAUGGAUGUGAAGCUGGGCCGCAGAAGCUACGAUCCGCUCGCUUCCCAGGAGAAACGGGAGCAGCAGAUCAGAAAAUACCCUCUGAUGGAGGAGAUCGGAUUCCUGAUCCUGGGCAUGAGGGUGUAUGAUGUUCGCAGUGAGACGUUCAACUCCUACAACCAGCACUAUGGAAGGGCCCUGGCUCAGGACACGGUUAAAGACGGUUUAGCUACGUUCUUCGAGAACGGCGUGUGUUUGAGGAGGGACGCCGUCCGGGCCAGCAUCUGCAGGGUGCAGCACAUUCUCAACUGGUUUCACUCCCAGCACCAGCUGGCCUUCUACGCCAGCUCCCUUCUUUUCGUCUACGAGGGUCUUCCCUCCUCUUUCACCUCAUCCUCCCGGUCAUCUCUCCUCAUCGGCCCAUCAGUCGGCGACGCCGUGGUGAAAACCGCCCAUUCGGUGCUGGUUAGCGAUGGCGGUCAGAGGCAGGAAGAGGAAGCGGGUCAGCAGGAAGCUGGACAGGAAAACAAGCUAGCCGAGUACAACAACAACACCGAGGUGGGCGUUUUAUGGGACAGCAGCAUCUCCACGGUUCUCACCAAUCACAGGAAGGACGGGGACACGCCCUGUGUCCGGGGUCACCACCACCUCAGCAGGGUGGACGAUGUAGUUGCCGAGGUAACGAGAGCCUCCGAUCACGCUCCUGCGCCGUACGAAGAAGACAACACAUGUCAGAGGAAGGCCGACCCGAAGCUGUCGCCGAACGGGAACAGAAACCAGGAUGGAGACAGAGGCAGGACAGAGGAGGACGAGGACGGGCUGGAGGGACAGAGGGGGACAGAUGGACAGGGCGGGACGGGAGACGCAGCCGUGGAAGUCAGAAUGAUCGACUUUGCUCAUGUUUUCCCAAGCGAUAGCCUGGACCACGGCUACAUCUACGGCUUGAAACACCUGCUGACGGUGCUGGAGCAGAUCCUGUGUGACGCCGCUCAGAGCGCGCUCAGUCCGCCUACCUCCUGAAGUCCACAACCAACCACUGUGUCUUCUUCUCAGCUAACGCAGAACUGGAGCAGACUGAAGUCUGAUGGAUGAGCCGCCAUUGAUUCUUCUUAUCCUGAUGGCUUUAGCUGCAUUUCUGUUAGUGACUGCGUCCCGUAUUUUAUCACAGGUUUUAUUGUCGUGAACAUGCGUUAGCGCCUCAGCUUUUGGUUGUCUUAGAAAAGUUCUGGAUAAAUAAUAUUUUAAGUUAUAAAAACAGAAUGCAGCCUGUAUUUCCCACAACUUGUGGGUUGUUUCUCUGCAAUUUAAUUCCACAGAACGUACCACCUGGAAGUCCCAGGAGUUCAUCCUGCAUCUAUACUACAUGUUUCGACGCCGUACCCUGAUUCCAGCUGAUUAGGUUCCAGCCCCCCCAGUCCCCCCUCCUCCCAACACCCUGUAAGUUGUGGGAUGCGCAGGCUGCAUUACGACCUGCUACCUUCAUAUCAUCAUCCCCUGAUCACUGGAAAGUCUUUUAUUUUUAGCAUGCUUCAAAUGUGCAACAUGUUUCUGUUUUUCUCAUCUCUUUAUAAGAUAUGUGUUCUAUAAUAUCACUUUACAUUAUGCAACUGUAUAAGCUCUAUUUUGACAAGAUAUAAUGAACUAGUGACGUUUUCAGACUGUCUGGCUCUGUGUCAGGCACAUAAUCAACUCCUAAUGCAACUCCCAGUCUGAUCACCUGACUAAUUAUUCAUUCAUUCAUUCAUUCAUUCAUUCAUUCAUUCAUUCAUUCCAGAGGAAUUAAAAACAAAGCUCUAUCAGGAAUGGAGUUAUGCUGCUACUGACCUGAUCCACGUCUUUAGGAAAAAAACCAGAUCUGUCAGUCUUUCAUCAGAUCUGUUUGAGUUUAAAUCGCUUUCAGCUGAGAACUGGACUGACUUUAUAUUUGUUUACAGGAGAAAGCAGGAGUGAAAAAAGGUAAAUCAGGGGUUUGAUCAGCUGUCCAUGAAUAAACUGCAACUCAUUUCUUAAAAGCUUAAAGGAGUCAGUGGUGGAAAAGACUCGGAAAAUGAUGAUGUUGGAAUCAGAUGUUAAUUUAGUGCUUUUCUUUAAACCACUGACGACUAACUCAGGUAUCCUCCCUAUCUCUUUAGUGUGUGUGUGUGUGGGCGUGGGUGUGUGUGUGUGUGUAAAUCAAUGCUAUAUGCUGUAUAACUGGUGGUCUUUCUACUUGAUGUUGGUUGAUUUUUAUUUUUGUAAUCUCAUGGCUAACCGGAUUUCAUUGCUGUUGACCUUGACCUUGUUUUAAACUUUUAUAUUUGAUUUUCAUUUUUACCUCUUGACAGGAAGCUUGAUGUAUUUACCUUUUACUGUUGCUGUGUAAAACGUUUCCUUUUGGAAUCAUCUCUCCUCCUUGCUGGUCUAAUUUUUCUCUCCGCCUCCAAACGAUGUGAGGAACAGGAAGUAUCUGACGUUCCACUGCUUGUUUCUGUUUUAGAGUUGCAAUAUUAUUUCAAAAAGCCUUUAAAUUAAACUCACCAAUUGAUUUCCACUGAGGUUCGUCUUGAAACGAACACAGCUAUCAGUUGGAGAUUAUUCCACUCUGUGGAAUUAUCUCUUAGUUAUUAUUAAAGGUUAUUCCCAAACGUUGGAUUUGGGAUUUAAAUCCUCUUUCUCUUGGUUGUUGUAAAGGAACUUUUUAUACUGUUCUGCUUCCACACUGAUCAUUUAGACUUUCGGGCGGUAUGAGGACGAAAUGGGAAAAACUGCUCUUAACCUGAAUGAAGCUGGUUAACAGUCUGAAUGUGUUUCAAUGAGUUUUCUGCAGUAAUGUGCUACUUUUUAUGAAUGAAAACACUGAGCAGCCCUUAGUUUUGAUCUAAUCUAACUAUUUUACCAAAGUUGGAACGAUGGCUCAUCUCCCACUUUGUAUACAUGUGACAGUUCUACUACUGUCAAGCCAUGUCUAACAAAAAUGGCUGAAUAAAUUUAAAGACCAAAGUUGUUGUUUUUGUGAACAAAUGCAUAUGUAAAGCCCAUCAUAAUGUUGGGCUUUACAUAUGCCCAACAUUAUGAUGGGCAUAUGAAUUAUUUACUUGAAUUAUUUACCACCAAUUAUUGUUUGCCCAAUCUAAUUUAUUUUUAUGUAUUUUCUUUUGUAAUUUCUAAAACUCAUUAAGUCAUUUCUUAAAAUGUUGGAAGCUUUUAGCUCUUGGUCUGCUAAAACAAGAUUCUGAAGCAUUUCACAAUAUUUGUUUUCUAUAUCAUUUUCAUAUCAAAAAGCUUUAAUCUAAAGUUUAUUUAUAUAUCAAGAAAUAAUUCAAGUCUCUUAAAGAAACAUGUCAUAGUAGGAGUUGGUAAAAAAAAACAACUCAGUUCAUAGGUGGAGUUCUUGCUGUAAAAAUCUCAGUUCAAUCUACAGAAAAGAAACGUAUUCUCCCAUCUCUUUUGGAAUAAAAUGUUUGUGUUUACCAGCUCUGCUGCUGACAUUUGGAUAAACAGACUUGAUCCGCUGCAGAACACCAACUGCAGCUUCCUGCAGGUUGUCACAUGUUGCCAUCAAGUUCUCAUUGAUUUCUGUUUGGAAUUUCAUCUAUGUUGGAGACGCUGCCAUUGUCUGUGAUGUAGCGUGCCCCAUGUUUUCUCAUAUUAUUGAGUUUGUUUACUGUGCCAUGGCAUAUUUAAUACUGUUGGGUUUUCUGUGCCCUCCUGUACAUUCAGAUCUUUUGGAGCCAUUUCUGCUCUCUGGGAACGGCGACUUCAGAGAAAGAAAGCAACUGUCAGGAAUUCCUGCGGCAGCUGAACUUUGUUUUCGGGUUAUCACGCGUACAACUGAUGUUAGUUGGGCACCAAAUAACAGUGAAUGGAUGGUGAAAUGAUAAAAAAAAUGUCUCUGGAUUUUCUUUAUUUUGAAUAAUUUCUUCAACAGAUUUUCCCCUGAGAUGAAUUAAACCGCAUAUAUUUCACAUUAAGGGGACAAAAAGUUUUGAUCUGAUUAAUGCUGGUCAGAUUUUCCACAACACAAGGCAACAUUUUAACAGGGUGAAACCUUUUGAGAGCCACUGUACGUUUAGUUUUUGUACCACUGUUAAAACACUGGAGAUGCUUUUUAAUGCUAUGGUAAAUCUCAGUGCUUCAGUCCUGUACAAAGCCACAUCAUUUUAACCCGCGACAAUGAAUUAAUGUGAUGCUAAACUUUAUUCAGUAAUUGUUUUAACCUUAAAAAGACUGAGAUGUUAUGUUUUCCCUAAUAUGGCUAUUUUUAAUAAACCUUGUCUUUUGUAAUAAAUAAAUCUGUGCAAAAUGUUUGUCUUCUUUUAGGAUGUUUUCCAGGAAUUACUCAAGUUGUACCGUUAUUUUUAUUUUUCCUCCAUGGGCCAACUGGUUUAAAGCUGCAGUCUCCUGUCUUCAUACUCUGGAUGAUGUGCUGAUAAUAUGAUGCUGUGUGUGAGCAAGCAACUUUCCUCACAACCUGAUACAGUCUAUUUUUUAAUCACUGCUCUGAUACAAAAAUGUAUUUGAAACCAAAUCUUUAUCGGUCAAACAUUUUUAAGAGGAGGGGUCAUUUGGACCCCACUAGAUAUUUCUCCUGUGUGAGGCAUGGCAGGGCCACGUGUGUCUUUCUGCUUGUCUUUGUGUGACUUUGGCAACUGAUGGUUUGACGAGACACCAAGGCCUGUCACGAUAACAAAUUUUGAUGAACAACAAAUUGUUCCAGGAGUUAUGAUAAAAAAUGAUGUUUUGAGACAAUGGUAAUGGCAAAAUAAUAAUGCAAGAACACAUUCUCAAAGAUCUGUAAACUUUAAAUUCUUAUAAACAUUUAACUCUGGAACUGGAAGACAUUUUAAAUAUCCAAAAUAAACAAAACAGCAAAUAAAAUGAAUUUUGAAGACUUUGUAGACAAAACUGUCCUUUGAAAAUAAGAGCUAAUUGAGACCAAACCACCAAACUGAAGACUUUUAUCAUCCAGUUUUUGUUAGAGAGGAAAAAAGAGAAAUGAUAUAUCAUGCCAAUGGAAAUUGAGUUUAAUUUAUCAUGCCAUUGAUUUGAUUAUUGUGACAGGUCAAGGGACAUGGCUCCUACUCCUCUUCUUCAUCCAGGUUGUCUCAAGGCUAAUAUAUGUAGCGGUUCUGGGUUCCAGUUUGCAGUAAAGUGGAAGGAUAAUGAAUAAUGAUUUGAAUUAUGAGUCAUUUACUAGAUCUGUGAAACACAGUUACCAGAAAAAUGGUAGGUAGUGUAAAAUAAAGGAGUCUAUCUUCAAAAUAUUUUAUUAUGCAAUGCAAUCAUAGAAAAUAUAAUUUUGACUUGAUUGGAAAGUCAUUCAAAAUAUUUAAUAAAACGUAUUCCUAAAUAUUAAUAAACAGAACAAAGACAUGGUUGAGGCUCCUGCACCGUGUGAAGAGGUGAGGGGUAAACCAGCUAACUGGGGCUGACAGGGAGAGUUAGCCAUGGCUAACAUGGGAUUCUGUUGAGAGGAUGCAACCUGUCAAGCACAAAUAUAGUAAAACUUUUUUUUUUCUCUUGCAGUUAAAGUGAAACAUUUCAUACCUAAUCUGCACUAGGUUGUAGUGUUUUCAAUUGAAACGUUCUGCAAAUAUGUCAAUAUGAACUCCCUUUCUAAGAGCUAGAGAAGAUGAAUCCAUUAACUACAGAAAAAUGCCAGAAGAACAAAAAUAUUUUGUAAUAAACAUUCCUUGAAAUAAGGUAAUUUCACCUGGAUUAUUGGCACUAAAUUAUCAUGGUUUCUUCUAAAACUUGUUCUAAAUGUAAUUGUUUAUUAUUAACAAUUCACUUUAGAAAAUAGAGCAAUAGGAGCAGGAAGCCAGUUUGGACAGAAACUGGCUGUUACCCUAACCGCAUUCUGACACCUGGUGUGAUGUAUGGAUUGUACUGAACCAGUUUGACUUACUGUAUGGUCCCCUGAGAUGGAUUUUGUUGUGAGUAGGCACUAUACUAUUUAAAGAAAGUGGAAUG